AUGGCAGAACCAACCGAGUCGAACGUUUCCACUCCUUCCAGUGCUCAAUCAGAAGACGGUGAUAACGGUGAAAUGCAAAAGAAACCGGAACCAUCAACAUCUACUGACUCGAAGCUCGAGUGUCCCGUCUGUCUGCAAACUUGCGUUCAUCCCGUCCGGUUGCCUUGCAGUCACAUUUUUUGUUUCCUUUGCGUGAAGGGUGUUGCAUUUAAAAAUCUUCGCUGCGCCAUGUGCCGCUGUGAGAUUCCGCUCACCUACCUUGACCAUCCUCAACUGGUGAACGGGGUCGAGGAAAUUGUACGCGCUGCUACCGCCACGGAACCCGACGGCAACGAAUAUCGAUGGUACUACGAAGGAUGCCACGGCUGGUGGCAAUACGACGAGCGCACCAGUCAGGAGCUCGAGGAGGCCUACUUGCGGGGCGAAAAGAGUUGCAAAAUCCUAGUGGCGGGAUUUGUGUACAUCGUCACGUUCGAGCACAAGUGUCAGAUAAGGCAGAAUGAUUAUUCGCGCAUCCGGCGCGUAAAACGCGACCUAGUGUCUAUACCGAAAAAGGGCGUAGCUGGAUUGCGUCUAGAAUCGGGUAAUGUUCCUGCCCCCACGACUAGUGACAUGAACGAACUGUCUUCCGCCAUGGGCGAAAUGAAUCUGAACGAAGGCGCAUCCACGUCCACAUUCGCAGCCGGGACAGAUGUCAGAAACGUGCUCGGAACGCACGUGGUAGCUGAAUCGAAUCAUUUGGUAGCUAGUACCACGGAUAGCGCCGAGGAGCAAACUCCUGCCGUACAAGCGAACGAUGCUACUGAUUUACUUUCUACAACUACCAUGGCUUCUCCGAGUUCCACAGCUUCCAAUUCGAGCAGCCGUAGCGUAAGCAGUAGCACUAGAAAUUACCGACUGCAGGAGCUGAUUGAUCUGGAUCAUAAUGAAUACUCCGCUAGUGACAGCGAUGAAGAGGAAAGGAGCGAUGUUGAUGAUAAUCUGCUGGAACUGUGAAGCCCAGUCGUCGUUCGUUGGUUUGAUCCUCGAAACUCACAAAGCUGCUCAAUGCAAUUUAUCGUGCAACACUAGCGAAUGGAAUGGGGUAACGUGGUGUCCGUGCUUAGAACGGAAUUAAAGCACCCUAAAGUGAUACAAAAGUAUAUUCAUAGCUCUAUUUACUCGAAUGUCUAGAACAACGGCAGCAGGAGAUGUGUUUGCCCACGAAGACGCGUUUGAUUCAUACUGUUCAAAUGCGGACACACCAACCGUUUUAUGAACCUCUGAAAUUUCACGCAGAAGUGAUACAUUCUAUACUCUGUCGAUUUUGUCGGAUAUGGAGUACCUUUAUUUUUAAUUUAAUUAAGCAAUUAUCAAUGAACUUGGGCGACUGUACACUAUCCUCUCUCUCUUUCCACAAGCAGUGGAAGAAUAAUAGCUUAAGUUGUAGGUUUUGUUUGCAUUACUUUCACUUAACGUAAAAUACUAAGGCGUUCUACUAUUGAUCGAACACACAUAAACAAAAAAAAACAAUUACAAUUGUAAUUGCUUCAGUUGUUUAAUAAAGCCAGUAUUCGGCUGC